GGCUAGAUUUGUGUGCUCCGAGGCCGUGGACCGAUUGGCUUCAUUUGGAGCCGCGGAGCUUGGAGUCUGGGUCAUUCCUGAAGCUUACGCUGCACAUCAUUGAUGAGGAGGAGAAAGCGGGGUUCAGUGAGCAGGUUACUGGGUCGGAUCAGCUUUUGGUGCAAGUGUAGCGCGCCUCUGGAGGUGGCAGAUUGCCACUGCCGUACUUUCCAAACUUGUGGAUCGGAAGGUUAUUUGUGCCAAUUGUGCUUGAGGCUUCCGAGCGCUGAAUGGCUCUCGUUUCGUGCCACUUGUGUUCGCGUUUUUUUUUUUUUUUUUUUUUUUUUUUUUUUUUGUGUCGUGGGUAGUUUUUGAGGACAUAUUCCUGAAUGCGAGGUAGGUGUUGCUAGUUUUUGAGUUCACGGGUGAGUGAGUAAGUUGGAUAGGGAGGUUGUCUGCCUUGGGUGACAAGUGGUGACAGGGUUUGCUUUUCAUGCUCCCUCUGCACAGCUUCUGCCGUCGAGGCUGAGCGUUUGUGAAGAGACUGUUCCCGUUUUGAAGGAUGCAGUUCCUGUGUCGAGAUUGCUGGCGUUGUUUCCAAGGAUUGGUCGAGCUGUGGGGUUCGCAACCUAUUAGUCGUUGGUUCGAUCCUUUUCUGUCUGUCCUGGUUCUCGAGUCAUUCUUCGAGGGAGUUCUCUCAGUUUCUGCGUGUCUAGACCUACGCACGUUUCGGUGCGUUGAACCAAGACCCCCCGAUGUAUUUCACUCGCUCUUAAGUAUGAUACCUGUUAUUGCAUACUUGAGUGCCAAACCCUGGGAAAUUGGAGAUGUUGCAGGUCACAGAGCUUAGUGACUUGUGCUCGUUUCGAACUGAAAGAGAAGUCAUGGCUCUGCGUGCUCAAACAUCGGGAGAUCUUGUUCUAUCAUGGUCGUGAGAGUGGAGCCUUCCAGUUUGGCCGUCUACUGUAUUCCGCUACAGCUGGUACUUCUAUUCUACUGCGGGUGGCUUCAGGAUUUGGCUGAAGUUUCAGGGGUAGACUAAGCAAGCUCAAACUCUGUUUGAGUGCCUCUUGUGUGCACCCGUCAUCAGCUUCGUCUUGCAAUUAUAACACGGAAAUCAACUACUCGCGUUCUUUCUAGCUCAUCAAAAACCUGCAUUUCUCGAUACUCGAGGUCGGCGUUCAGUAGUCAACAUGCCUGAGAUACUGCCGUCGGGGAAUACCAAGAUAAUCAAUUCGCUUCGAUGUUUUGAGUGUGCUCGGAGUGGUAGCACCGACUGUAUCGAUCAUGGAGGGAAUCCGUCAGAGGAUAGCUUUACGAGUGUGCUUGGUAAACGCCAGGUUUUCCUGUGUUCCACUACAGACUUCCAGGGCUUUUGUAAGGACGGCGGAAAGAAUCCCUUUACACAUUCUACUAAACGUCUAGUAGCAGCAUCUUCUGCAUUGAGCCGUACUGAGUUAUCGUCUACCUCUCCAAAGGUGGUUAUCCCGACGCCAACUAGGCCGUCUGUCUCUCUACCUCCUGUUGCACCCGUUGCACCCGUUGCAUCCGUUGCACCGGAAACGCCCACGGUCAGCUCUCAAGGUGCAUCUACUCCAAGUGGGUCCGACACACCCAGCGAUCAUGGGCGGGAGCAAGUGGUUGAUAGAACUGAUCAAGAUAUCGACGAUUCUAGUUGCAAGGAAGGUGGAGUAAGAUAUCGAGAGAGUGUGGGGAAGUAUGUGGUGGAGUACAGGCCGACGCGUUUCAAAUGGAAGCUUUGGAUGGGUACAUACUCCACUGUAGAUGAAGGUCGCCGAGCAUGCGACUGCGCAAGGUUUUAUGCCGGCCAAGACAAGGGUGGGUUCUAUUUCAAAGAUUCUCCGGCGUUGUUUGGGGAGCUGGGGCCUCUUAAUCGCCCUUUCACUUUGGUCAGCAAGGAAACCAAAGACAGAGCCUUCAAUGCAGAGUUGAAAAAUCGUGCCAAGAUUGUGAUCAGGAAAGUUUUCGAUGCGCAGCGGGGCAAGAAAGUAGUGGACGUGUCUCGCCCAUCGCCCUCAGCGUCACCGUUGUUGGCAAACAUUGAGCGACGAAUUCUUGCUCCUAAUGCUACAAGGAUCCGUGACCCCAUAACUGGCCCUGCGCAAGAACAUUUUUCACUCCUAGCUCGGCUUGCCACCUCUAGCCAAGAGAACGUCAUCAAAACCGGUGCUACACAGGAACAGCUUGGAGUCCUUGAUGAGCUCCUCACAUUUCACCAGGACAGCCUCCUUAAAACUGAUUUUGGAGAGGAACAGCCCUCAACCCCUAAUCAGCAGAACCCUGCAUUAUCUGCUCGCGCGCAUGAAGAUAAUGAAACUGGCCAGUCUUCCCAGGAGGCUGCGGAUGCAUCGGAUGAUGAUGCCGGCACUUAUGCAAGUCUAGAUCCUUUGGAUGCAAGUCUAGAUCUCAGAGACCUUGACACAGAAUAUCCCUCCCCUUUCAAUAUUGCGUUCAACUACUCCACAUCGACGGAUCCUCUGAGCUUCAUGAAUUCAUACGCCGAUGAAGUAGACCCUGUUUAUGUGUCAUUAUGGACUCACGAAAACUAGGUUCUCGUUUUUUUUCCGUUACUUCAUUAUCAUCUCUACGGUUGUCUGAGACAGCUUGCAAAGGCAUCUCCAGGUCGAGAUUUCGAGUAUUUAUCCAUGUUGCGAAGGACCGCGCCACUUCCACCUCGUGUAAGAACGGUAUUGCUGGGUAGAGAAUAUCGACGAGUCACCUAAGUUUCGGUCUGCGAUGAUAACCUUCACCCACCCCGGAAUCAGAAUGUAGGAUCUAGUUGAGGUACAUAUUGUUUAUACGCGGCUACCACUUUGGAGCGAGAUUAUUUUGUGCAGUUGUGGCGACCCUUGAUUCGCCUUCUUGUCUUAUAGGAAAGCUUUCUUGUACGAAGAGUUAAACUUUGUAAAGAUCUUUGCAAUAACGGGUUGGAGUUCAAGGUGAUCUAUUGGACUCAUGCGCAAGUCUACUUUAUGCCGUU